AUGGAUUUCGAGUUUUCCAUGAUGAACAAAACAAGUAUGGUUCUGAUAUCGGGAGCCAUAUCUAGCAGCCUGGACAAAUGUAUAGAAGUCAGGAAAAAAAAAAAAUUAAGAAGACGAAUGUAUAACAACAAAGGUCCAAAUUUUCUUUGGCACACAGACUGUUACGAUAAAUUAAAACCAUUUGGUAUAGCAAUUAGUGGGUGCAUAGAUGGAUUUUCCAGAUUUGUAAUAUGGAUGGAAGCAGUCCCAUCUUGUAAUGAUCCAAGAAUAAUCAGUGGAUUCUUUUUUAAUGCUGUUCGGGAGUUGGGUGGUUGUCCUAAAACUAUUCGAGCUGAUGCUGGAACUGAAAAUAGACAUAUAGAGCAAAUUCAAACAUUUUUUCAUCGAGAUAUUGCAUCAAGUAGACCACCAUUUAUAUAUGGAACUAGUCCUGCCAAUCAAAGAAUAGAAGCUUGGUGGUCAAUACUAAGAAAACAUAAUAGUCAAUUUUGGAUGAAUUUAUUUCAUAAACUUCAAGAAGAUGGGCACUUUUCUGGUUCUUGGCUUGACAAAAACUUAAUCAGAUUUUGUUUUUUGGAUAUAAUAAGGAAAGAGUUGAAUGAUGUAGUUUUGGAAUGGAAUUCUCAUAAAAUAAGAAAGUCCAAAAAUAGUAUUUCACCAAGUGGUCGACCAAUGACUAUGUUUAAAAUGCCUCAACAUUACUCAACUGAAAAUUAUUUGAUGGAUGUUGAUGAAAAAGAUUUAGAAGUAUGUGAGGAAGAAUUGGUAGUUAUUAACAUCGAAGAUGAACAAGAUUCUGAAAUGAAUGCUAUGGCUCGUAAAUUGAAAGAAAAAUAUAAACAAAAUGCAACAGCUGCAGCAAAACAAAAUGCUACUAAUAAAACAAGCAAUCAAGAAAUUAUGACCAACGAUUGUGUAUAUAUUGAGAGUAUAAAAGGUAGAUUUGCUUGGUGGUUAAUUGGACAAUAUUACAUACCCUAUAUUUUACGAGUAAUUAAUGGAAAACAUUUGAAGUUUGUAUCAGUACGCAUAGCUGAAACUCAGCUAUUCGUCCAAUAUAUAAAUUAUUUACAUGCAGAUAAGAUGUAUAAAUGCACAUCUAUAAAAAGUUAUUUCAUCUCAGAAUAUGAAGCCAAGCUAUUAAAUGAGAUCAACAAAAACUAUACUGACUGUAAAUACGGGACAGAAAUGUUUGUCACGGGAAAAGAUUUAAUCGUCACUUUAGAGGAUGUGCAUGAAUAUUAUACAUUCGUGGGCGUAUGUUAUAAAAAAAUAAUGAACAAUAUUACUCCAGGUCGUAAGGCGAAAUUCGGAUUUAUACGUAUUAACUCUGAUUCAGCUGUAGCCGAAGCUGUACCCGCAAUUGUACCAUAUUGUACUAUAGAUGGUAACAAAUUUGUUCCAAUAUUUUACUUUGAGGGCGAAACUGAACGUUUAAUGCCUCUGGCUGUAAAAUUAGGAAAUUGGAACUUGGCCUAUGUCAAGUUCUGUUGCUAUGUUGUUCAGGUUCUCAAAAAUGAGUUUCUUGAUAGUGUCUCUUGGGAAAUGGUCAGUCUUGAUCAUAUCAAGACAUUUUAUUCGCCAGAAACAAAUUUUGAAGAAUUUUGGCCAAAUUUGGUUAAUAAACAAGCCAAAAUGUAUAAGCCGUCUAACCGUGUCAAUCCACUUGGUGUCUGGUUUAGAGCACCCCCUGACGUAUUACCAGCUGAAAAUACUAAUACUUGUACUUUAAGAGAAGUAGCACCACCAGUACCACAUAGAAAUCCAGAGAACAAUCAAAACGGAUGGCCUGCAAACCAAAUGGUUAAUUCAUAUACAAUUCAGCCUCAGCCCCAAACUCAGCCUGAGACUCAGUCGCCAUCAACAGCUCGUUACUACCUUGUUGCAAGAAGAAAUCGAAGUAUUGCUCCCCAGAGCAAUAAUACGGGUUAUUCAUAUACCAUUCAGCCACAGCCCCAGACUCAGCAUGAGAAUCAGUCGCCAUCAAUACUUCAGAACUACCUUCUUGCAAGAAGAAAUCGAAGUAUUGCUCCCCAGUACAUUAAUACGGGUUCAAUGUCGCAAAGUAGUGGUUUGCGAGUCGUUGCUGGUCAGGUUGUUCGACUAAUGCCUUUAGUCAGUUUAGCCGAACAUACCAAUACGGCGCCAUAAUAACGGCGAAUAAUGUUGGGCCAAUCGAAAUUGCUCCACCCAAUGAAAUAAUUGACUUGACAGGUCUUGAUUGAUCUUGAUAAGUAUCUUUAUUUUUAAAAACAAGUAUAUUAUAUUUAUUCACAAAAAUAGCAUGUGCAUCACUUCAGCCAAUUUUGUAUAACAUUGAUAGA